GGAGGCUCGCACGUUGCGUUUGACGUGGAGUUGGAUUUUAGGCGACCUUCCUGCUUGCCUUUUCUCUUUUGUCUCUUGCAGGUCCCAUCUUAGAAGCUCCAAAGUAUUUAAAGAUUUUUACUCUGAACGCCUCACAGGAACGAGUACACUGCGCAAGGGAGAUUUGUUUCCUUUGGCACUUGUAACUAUUAUGGCUGGAAGCACAAUUAAGACAGUGUACGAUAUUUUUCAAAACAUGGAGUACGGACCAGCAGCAACUUCCACCCAUGCCACUGCACAGGCCUGGCUCGAUUACCAUUCCCGUUCUCUGGGUCUGUUCAUCGAUGGCAAGUUUGUCCGUCCAGCAGACAGACAGAGUUGCUCCCUGGCUGAUUCUAAAGGUGCUAAUGUGUGCAGCACAGUGUGUGCUGUGGAGGACGACGUUUCCCAGUGUGUCUCCUCUGCUGUAAAUGGCUACGAGGCUUGGAGUGGCCUGACCUGCUACAAGAGGGCCAAAGUGCUGCUCAGGUUGGUGAGCGUCCUCGGGCAGCACGGACAGUGUGUGUCGGAGCUGUGUGAGCUGUGUGGGGUCUCGUGCUCGCCCUCCACCCUCGUCAGACUGCUGCAGUACUACAGCAGCUGGGCUCAACUCAGAGACACUCUCAUCAGCAACCGGACACCACUGGGUGUGGUGGCAGUAGUUGUCUCUGAUGACUGCUCUCUCUAUUCCCUUAUGCUUAAAGUCUUACCAGCACUGGCCAUGGGCAACUCUGUCAUCGUUGUCCCUGGUCGGAGCAGCGCCCCUCCAGCGCUCCUGAUGGCACAGCUUUUUAUGGGAGCAGGACUUCCUGCUGGGGCUCUUAAUGUUUUAACAGGAAGUGACAUGUCACUGGGUGCCAAAGUGGCUCAGAGCUCCAGCGUCAGCUACGUCACCUACAGCGGCAACAAGCAGGACGGGGUGAUGCUGUGUAAAGCCACCGCAGGGAUGGGCGUUCCCGUUUCUGUCUCUGCCUGCGUCGGAGCUACGUGUCCCUUCAUUGUCUUUGAGUCAGCCGACAUCGACAGCGCAGUGGAUGGAGUGAUAGAGACUGCCUUCAAAAAGAGAAAAGAGGUCCACUGGGUGUUGUGCGUGCAGGAGAGUGUGUUGGACAGAGUCGUGGCCCGUCUCAAGCUCCGUAUGGCAGGCAUGAAGUGUGUGGCCCUGCGCAGUGAUGAAGACAGGGCCCUGGUUGAGGCUGCAGUACAGGAAUCUCAGCAGCAGGGGGCCACGUUGAUUCAGUCCUGCACAGCCCCCUCUUCAGGUGCCCAGUACCCUCCCACGGUGCUCUGCAGUGCAGCCCCCUCCUCUCCAUUUGUGGUCAGCGCCUCUCCAGGACCCCUGCUGCCUGUCAUGACCUUCAGGACCAACACGGAAGCAGUGACGCUGGGAAAUCACAGUCCUCAUGGCCAGGCAGCCUCCAUCUGGACUGAAGACCUCACCCUGGCUCUGGAGACAGCUAAGAGUCUGUCGGUUGGCUCGGUGUGGGUGAAUUCCCACUCGGUGUCUGACCCCUGUAUGCCUGUUUCUGGUCACAAAGACAGCGGCACCUGCACUGACGGAGGACAGGAGGGUUUGUACCAGUUUCUACGCUUGCCCUCUUCGUUCUCUCCUCCCCUACCUCGCUCCUCUCCCGUCUCCAUGGACUACUCAACGUUCGGAACAGCAGCAUCCCCAGCUGUUAUUCCUGAUGACUCAGACCCUGCAAGUGCUCCUAAGUCCUACCUGCAGUUUGUCGGUGGUAAGGCGUGUAAAUCAGUGUCUGGCCGCAGUGUAGCUGUGCAGACCCCAGAGGGCGGCAGUGUGUUAGCCUACUGUCCAGAAGGUGGUCGGAAAGACGUCCGUAAUGCCGUGGAGGCUGCUGUCAAAGUCCAGCCCAGUUGGAUGAAGAAGAGUCCAUCUGCUCGUGCUCAGUCACUCUACUCUCUGGCAAAGGGUCUGGAGGCAAAUAGGCGGGACAUAGCUGCAUCAGUCAGUCGUCAGACUGGUGUCUCAGAGGAAGAGGCUGAAAAGGAGUUGGAGCUCAGCAUCACCAGACUCAGCGACUGGGCGGCGUACUGUGACAAAAUCCAAGGAAGUAGUCUGCCUGUACCACAGUCUGGCUCUGCUUUCUCCCUCCCUGAAGCCUUGGGAGUCAUGGGGGUGGUCCUCCCUGACAAGAAUCCCCUCCUCUCUAUAGUAACACUACUUGGGGCAGCCAUCGCCACUGGCAACGCCAUCAUCAUGGUUCCCAGUCAGAAGUAUCCACUACCAGCCUUGGCAUUCAUUCAGGUGCUCCAGUCGUCAGACCUGCCAGCAGGUUUGGUAAAUAUCCUUACAGGAAGCAGAGACCAGCUGACAGUGGCGCUGGCUAAUCACAGUGUCAUUAAGGCCAUCUGGUACUGGGGCAGUGCUGAGGGCUGUCAGUACCUGCAGCACACCUGCACCAGCCCUUUGAAAACCCUGUGCCUGUUCGUGGAGGGGAAAGACGGAGGGAAGGACUGGACUCAGUCCCAUUCCUCAUUCAUGGAAGAGAUGUGGGGAAAUGCCGUCCAGUGGAAGAGUGUCUGGAUUCCUACUGACUAAGAAGACAGAGGCUGGGAUAAAAGAUGAAGAUUGCAAGAAAGAUAGAGGGAGAAAGAGCUGCAGAUAUCUGCUGUUUUAACAUCAGUAUGGAGAGUUUAACUGUGACCUGUAUGGUGUAGAUUCGAAAGGAAGGAUCAAAAAUUAACUGUGACCAUGAAAACUGUAAGAUGUCAGAUGAACAAUGAAGUAGUUGAAUAGUAUUAGAAAACAUGAGAUUAAAUAUACUAACAAAUUUAGAUUUGAGGUUAUGACAGGAGAGCCCAUAGCCCUUCACCACCAAGACCAUGUGUUAGCAGGACUGUUGAUGUGUUAACUUGACAUAGUAAAAUGUAUGCAAUCAUAAACACAAAACCUGCUCACUUUCUACCUCUAUCUUUUGCUAUUAUGUUUCUUUUUUUCCAUUAGUCAUCAUAUCUCUGCUUGAUUUAUUAAGAGUAUUAUGACUCUGGGGCAAGCAUUUAGUUUUCCAGACAGACUUACACAGAGCAGAGCAGAAUAUUAUAUAUACUUGGAAGUGACAGAGUUUCACAGAGACAUGAUAAAAUACUUUCAAUAAAUAUCUCGGUAUAGUAAUUGUUUUUACAAAUGCUUCCCUUUUUUCAGUCUGAAACUUGAAACCUCAUCUGCCUUAGAGUUCUGUCGAUGGCUGAGCAAAAUUCGAUUAGUCUUAAUACGCUAAUGCACUGUACUGUAUGUCGUCAUUACUGUACAAUAAUGCUGCAGCCUUUAGCCAUGCAAGUGGACUACACUUGAUGCAAACAUUCCCAGUGAAAUCUAGUUUGUUUCCAAUUUAAUAAUCCCAAUGUAAAAAAACAAAACAAAACUGUUUCUCAAAACUGUAUGUGUUUCCAGAGAAUGACUGUGGGUCUCACUGUCUUAACGCCAUAAUUAAAAGAUGCUUUAAUGAAUUUGCA